AUGACGGAAAGGAUUCCCAUGUAUGAAUGCCACAAGCAUCGUCACUUCAUUCUACCACUCCGCUGUGGAAAACCAAAACGUUAUUUUACUUCUUGCCAGAGAUUAUGUGUGACUUGUUUUGUCAAUCAAUUUGAACAGAUGACCACCAAUAUUGCUGUUCGGGCCCUGCAGGACAUGGUGGUUCUCUUGCAGGACUGUUUUUUACCUUCUUCGGAUAAAGCAACAAGAGCAAUGAUGCAAUUGGCCAGUGAGGAUACCGAGUGGGAUUAUGAUAGCCGAGAAGCAGAAGAAUCAUUUCUUUCACUCUGGCGUUCAUUCUUAUCGUUUCAUGAUGUUUUACUGCAACUGACGAGAAAGUUAUGUACAUCUACCUCUUUACACCGUCAUGUUUCACUGUGUAGGGCGGCUCUCUCAUUUUUUAGUUUUCUCUUCAAUUUACUGGAUGUGAACCCGGUGUAUGUGUACAGAGCCAAUGUUCUGGCACUCCCCGUAGAGAGAAAUCACCUGGAUAUGAAGGACUGCAAUAAUAAUAAUAAUAAUAAUAAUAAUAAUAAUAAUAAUAAUAAUAAUAAUAAUAAUAAUAUUGUUGAUGAUAAUACUUGUGGUGGUCUUAACAAUGAUAAUGAUAACGAUGUUAAAGAUAUUGUAGGAUCUUGGCGUAUUCUAUUGAUUGAAUUAACACGUUGUAUCUGUGAUGGAGUGUUGGAAGGACUCCCGCAGGAUGGGAAUUCCCCUACCGGUCUUCUUUUUCUUACAGACUUAUCCGAUUCAAAUCCUGUGUUUCUACAGAUGCUUUCAGAACAUUGCCUCUCCCACGUGUGUGCGUUGGUCAUGCCGUUAAGAGAUGCAUAUAGAGUAGAGUUGGCAUUGUAUUUACUCCAUCAAGUGUUUGAAUUCUCUACUGGACGUCCAGCAUGGUUAGAGAAUCUCACAUGUGUGGUAGUGUCUAUCAGAGACUGGGCCACACAAGGGUUUUCUUUUCUGGAUUAUUUGGCUUGGGCACUAAAGACAUUUCGAGAUGAUGAACCUGUUGUGGUGAAUGCACUUUGUCUCGCAAGAUUUAUUACAAAGUAUGAAACGACGAAAAGAGGGAUAUUACUACCACUAGUAAAAGAAAGGGAUGAGAAUGAGAAUUUAUUUCCAUGUAUGCCGUUAGAACUUGUACGUAAUUUAACAUUUCUCCUUUUACAUCUCAACCCAGAUGUGGUUAUUGCCGCAGCUGAAACCCUGCAAGGAGUUAUCAUGACUACACAGUCCUUUAAGGAUUGCGUUGAUAUUCCAGACUACAUCAUUGAAUCACUUCGAACAGCCACAGUGGAUUCGGCCGUGGCAUUAGUGCAGUUACUCAACCAACUCCCAACGGAGAUGAUUCCCAGCGGCCCAACACUUCGGGUUUUCUUUGAGCUUGUCGCUGUGAGCGGCAAAGCCUUUGAGGAUGCGGUGGUGGGUCCACACUUCGUGGCCGUCCUCAGCGAUCGCCUCACAAACCUCAACGAGGCCGCCCAGCAGAUGGUCGGCACCGCGCAGACGGGAAAUAUCAUCUCACUGCGUUGUUUUCUCCUGCAGCUCCGCAGUCUGCAGUCGGCCUGCGGGGGCGAAGGGCGGUCUAUUCUCCCAGAGACCAUCGCCCUCAUGGCAAAUACACUCCUGCGUCUAUUGGCAGACUCCUGCGGGGGUAAUUGCACAGAGAAUAAUAAUAAUAAUAAUAAUAAUAAUAAUAAUAAUAAUAAUAAUAAUAAUAAUAAUAAUAAUAAUAAUGGGGAAGAAGAGGAAGAAGAAGAAGAAGAAGAAGGGAAAGUGGGAGAUUGGCCUUUUGGGAAUCGUCUCAUGUCACUUCGUCCGGAAACACUCAGUAGCCUCUGUUGUGCAGUGGCAUUUCUUCUUCCCUAUUCUCAGACGGCUCUCAUGCAUCUCGCGGUUGAAAUCCUCGCAGAAGUUUUGCGGCAGUUUUUAAAUUGGACUUCAAUGCAAGUGGAUAAUUGUAUUGGAACAGACAGAAAUGCCGCAGAUGCGUUACUUGUGCUUGCGGCCACUGUGUUUGAUCAUGUUGUUGGUGAUGCAAGUGGAAAGAACAUGAUCGAUGGAUUACUAAAACGACAAGUAACCGUUUUGCUUCAUCAUGAUCUUCUCACUCUCUUACUUCGCGUUCCAAGUGAUUCGAUUACACUACGAUCACAGAUGGUGUAUAAUUUUAUGCGAAUAGCGGAAGCGAAUCGUGCGAGUAUUGAUUUGGUUUUACCAGAUUCAUUUGUUUUGGAUGAUUCCACAUCAUCACAGUUAUUACUAGAAAAGUCAUUCUGUCGUUAUCCUCAUUGGGCCGCUUCUUUAUUGCUUGCACUUGCAAUGACUGAUUGUCCACAACCAGUAUCUGUGGAGAUGUUAGAUGACUUUUUUCUUAGACAAAUGACGCUACUUCCAUGGUUCUCAGAUGCGACCACACAUCCAUGGGCACAACAACAUAAUACAGAUAAGAGAGAUGGUGGUAACUACGAUAAUAUCAAUAGUAAUCACAAUAAUAAUAACAAUAACAGUGAAAUUAAAAUAGGUGAUAAGGAUUCUGCUAUGGCUGUUCUUACUGCAUUAAAAACAUGUGCUGCUUAUUUUAAAUGGAGAGGUGAAUUACCUCAAGGAAAUAUUAUGCAAUUGGAUGCCUGCUUUACCACAAAUAGAGUAUGUAAUGUCCCACAAGAGUAUUAUUCUGUCUUUUUUAAACUUUUUAGUUCAGCCCAAUCUUCUUGGAUAGAUGCAUUGGGAUUGUGUGGGUGGGGAAUAGUACUGCUAUCCAUUUUGGUUUCAUCUUCUAUUAUGCAUAUGGAAAGCAGUGAAGAUAACAAUCACGUGAAAGAAGCGCAAGAAUAUCUUUUUUCAAAUGAUUACUACCAACAGCAUAACAAUCAACUAAUCACUCUCUCACGUCUUGUGAUAAUUCAUACCCCCAAGUGUGGUUUAUUUCUUCUUCACCUUUUCGUGGCUACACGAAAGAUGGUUUCUUUAAAUUACCCAUUUAGCUGUCGUAUCCUUUCCUUCUUGUGUUAUUGUGUUUCUCUGGCUGUGUGUGAGGGAUCCAUCGCGGCGGAGAUAUUUAUUCGUCCACUGCUUGAACAACACAUAACGCCUUUCUUACUAUAUAGAGAGACUCCCGCUCUCGCAGCCUAUGUGGCUCGUCUGGUAGUAUUAGCGCUUGGGCGAUUGCCAAUCCACAUGGCGAGUUGUUGUGAUCACACACUGUUUAAAUGGGCUCUGCAGUACGUUCAUCAGCAAGAUACACAAGUGUAUGCAUGGCAAGUUAUAUUUUUACUGCUGGAACGCACACACGGAAGUGAGUUUGCCCUCCGACACGAAUCUGAACUGGAGGCAAAAUUAAAAAGUGGGGAAUCUCUUCAUUCCAUUCCAUUAUCAUCAUUAUCAUCAUCAUCUUCUUCUUCUAUGGUGGCUGCAUUGGCAACUGUUCGCUGGAUGGUGGAAGGGGCUAUGCGGCGACGAGGUGUACGCCGGGCCGUUCCUCUUCUCACAGCACCCGUGCGGGAGUGGGCUCUGUGCACACGGCAGUCAUCUACACUGCGUGCAUGCAUCGUCGCCGCCGUGGAGCAUCACACUCGAGAGAUCAUACCCGACGCUUCUCUUGUGGAAGCGGCGCCAAUGCUCUUGGCGUGGGUGAAUGAACUGUUUGCCCAACAACACACCACAGUGGCCGCCGCACGAUUAGCGUAUACAUUGAUACAACACGUGCCCCAACUCGCCGCCUCUCUAGAGGCAUUGGGAUUAUUUCUGCAGCUCACAACGGCCUCGCACAAAACACAGACAACCCCCAAUAAAUAUUCUCUCAACACGGUGGAAGAGCGGGCGUGGGUGUUUGCGGCCCUCAUCUCAACAUGGCCGCCGUGGGCCCAUGCCGCUGGUCUCAAAGCGGCCGUGGAGGCGUUUCUCUCAACAAUUGAACCCCCACGGCGGGAGAAUCGUGGAGUGAAGCGGACACGUGAGAAUUACACAGCAGACACCACUGUUUUCCUGCAGGAGAGAAAUGUGCGACGUGCGGUCCAGGCACUUGUGGAGGCAUGUGAAGAUCAAUCUGAAAAACAUGGUGAAUUUCCCAUGAGUCGUGCGAGGGACUUUUUUCUCAAUAGUGAAAACAAAGAAAUUGACAAUAAUGAUACGGAGAGGACAUAUCCAGUUGUAUUUGGGGUGAUUCACGAUGGAUGUGAGUUCUUUCUUCCAUGCUAA